AGUCAGGCAGAGCGCGGGUCAGCCCCAGUCAGUGGAAGGACCCCACGGUUGCUACGCUGGAGGAUGCGGGAGGUAAAGCCGUUGCUAAGGAGACGCGGCCUGCACGAUUCCUGAUCCCCGGCCUGUCCUGCCCGGAGUGCCGGGAUGGGGCUGGAGAUGGAGCCUCUGCUGCAGGCAUGGAGCUAUUUCAGGCGCAGGAAGUUGGAGCAGUGCUCGCAGCUCUGUGGCCGCAUUCUGGAGAAGGAGCCCUAUGACCAGGAGCCUGCCUCCAGAUAUUUCACUCCUUGUAUUCCUUGUACUUUCCUGCAGGCAGCAUGGAGUCUGAAGACCCGGGCCCUGACCGAGAUGGUUUACGUGGAUGAAAUUGACGUUGAUCAGGAAGGAAUUGCUGAAAUGACAUUGGAUGAAAAUUCCAUCGCACAAGUCGCACGGCCUGGGACCAGCAUCAGACAAGCAACGGCAAAGAAAAUCGAGGGGCCGAGUCCAGCGGUCAGACCCGUCACCCAAUCUGGCAGGCCGUUGACAGGCUUUGUGCGGCCCAGUACACAGUCCGGUCGUCCUGGCACUAUGGAACAAGCGAUCAGGACCCCCCGAACGGCAAAUACUGCUCGACCGAUCACCAGUGCUUCUGGAAGACACGUCCGCCUUGGAACGGCCUCAAUGCUGACCAAUCCGGAUGGACCAUUUAUUAACCUGUCCAGAUUAAACUUGUCUAAAUAUGCGCAGAAUCCCGGCUUGGCAAAGACGCUGUUUGACUACAUCUUCCACCAUGAAAAUGAUGUGAAAAAUGCUCUGGAGUUGGCUGCUCAGGCCACUGAACACGCUCAGUACAAGGACUGGUGGUGGAAGGUUCAGCUGGGAAAGUGUUAUUACAGGCUGGGGCUGUUCCGUGAAGCAGAGAAUCAAUUUAAAUCGGCUCUCAUACAUCAGGAUAUGGUGGACACACUUCUGUACCUGGGAAAGGUGUACAUACGGAUGGACCAACCUCUGACAGCUCUGUCCCUUUUUAAACAAGGGUUAGACCGCUUUCCAAAGGAGGUGACCCUCUUGUGUGCUGUGGCACGAAUCCACGAGGAAAUGAAUAACCUGAGCUCAUCCUCCGAAUACUACAAGGAGGUCCUCAAACAGGACAACACUCAUGUGGAAGCCAUUGCAUGUAUUGGAAGCAGCCAUUUCUACACAGACCAGCCGGAAAUUGCCCUGCGAUAUUACAGGCGCCUCCUUCAGAUGGGAGUUUACAACUGUCAGCUGUUUAACAACCUGGGCCUGUGCUGCUUCUACGCUCAGCAGUACGACAUGAUCCUGACGUCAUUUGAGAGAGCUCUGUCCCUGACUGAGAAUGAUGAGGAGGUGGCAGAUGUUUGGUACAACUUGGGCCAUGUUGCUGUGGGGAUUGGUGACCUUAAUUUGGCUUAUCAGUGCUUCAAGCUCACUCUGGCCAAUAACAACAAUCACGCGGAGGCAUAUAAUAACUUGGCCGUCCUGGAGAUGCGCAGAAAUCGCUUUGAGCAGGCCCGAGCUCUUCUACAAACCUCCGCGGCCCUGGCCCCUCACAUGUACGAGCCACAUUUCAACUUUGCUUCUGUCUCGGACAACGUGGGAGACCUCCAGAGCAGUUACGUGGCCGCGCAGAAGUCGGAAGUCGCGUUUCCUGAUCACGUGGAGACCCAGCAGCUGAUCGAGAAGCUGAGGCAGCAUUUCGCCGUGAUCUGAGCCAUCCGGCGCACACCUCAGGUCAUAGGCGCCGAGUAGCAGCGACAGGCAGAGUAGCGGAAAA